CCGGAGCAGCCGCCACCAAUGGGGUGGUGUGCUGCGAGAGAGGGCGCGCGGCGGGCAGUUGCCGUAACCGUCGACAGUUGACGCCUCCUUCAGACGGGGUUGGAAGCAGAACGCGUGACUUGUGACCGUGAAACUCGUCGUCUUCGCGAGGCGCUAUGCGUGAGUGUAUCUCCAUCCAUGUUGGACAGGCUGGUGUUCAGAUUGGUAAUGCUUGUUGGGAACUUUAUUGUCUUGAACAUGGAAUCCAACCUGAUGGUCAGAUGCCAAGUGAUAAAACUAUAGGAGGUGGAGAUGAUUCCUUCAACACUUUUUUUAGUGAAACUGGAGCUGGCAAACAUGUGCCUAGAGCUGUCUUUGUGGAUCUUGAGCCAACUGUUGUUGAUGAAGUGCGUACAGGCACUUACAGGCAGUUAUUUCAUCCUGAGCAACUUAUUACUGGGAAAGAAGAUGCAGCUAACAAUUAUGCCAGAGGCCAUUAUACCAUUGGAAAAGAGAUCGUUGAUCUAGUGCUGGAUCGCAUUCGCAAGUUGGCUGAUCUCUGCACAGGUCUUCAGGGUUUCCUCAUUUUCCAUAGCUUUGGAGGAGGCACUGGCUCUGGAUUUGCAUCUCUGCUCAUGGAAAGACUCUCAGUUGACUAUGGCAAAAAGUCCAAAUUGGAGUUUGCAAUUUACCCAGCUCCACAAGUAUCUACUGCUGUAGUGGAGCCUUACAAUUCCAUCCUUACCACACACACAACAUUGGAGCAUUCUGACUGUGCCUUCAUGGUAGAUAAUGAAGCCAUUUACGAUAUAUGUCGCCGUAAUCUUGACAUUGAGCGUCCUACUUACACCAACCUAAAUCGUCUCAUUGGUCAGAUUGUUUCAUCCAUCACAGCUUCACUCCGUUUUGAUGGUGCUCUGAAUGUAGAUCUGACAGAAUUUCAAACCAAUCUGGUCCCAUACCCACGAAUCCAUUUCCCUCUGGCAACAUAUGCACCUGUUAUUUCAGCUGAAAAGGCAUACCAUGAGCAAUUGUCUGUGGCUGAAAUUACUAAUGCCUGUUUUGAACCAGCAAAUCAGAUGGUAAAGUGUGACCCUCGCCAUGGCAAAUACAUGGCCUGUUGUAUGCUAUAUAGAGGCGAUGUUGUCCCCAAAGAUGUCAAUGCAGCUAUUGCAACUAUCAAGACAAAGCGUACCAUUCAGUUUGUGGAUUGGUGUCCAACUGGAUUCAAGGUGGGCAUUAAUUACCAACCACCCACAGUAGUGCCAGGAGGGGAUUUGGCCAAGGUGCAGCGUGCUGUGUGUAUGCUGAGUAACACAACUGCAAUUGCAGAAGCUUGGGCUCGUCUUGACCAUAAAUUUGAUCUGAUGUAUGCUAAGCGAGCUUUUGUGCAUUGGUAUGUUGGUGAAGGUAUGGAAGAAGGAGAAUUUUCUGAAGCCCGAGAGGAUCUAGCUGCCCUUGAGAAAGAUUAUGAAGAAGUGGGUGUUGAUUCUGUGGAAGCAGAGGCUGAAGAAGGAGAAGAAUAUUGAAAAAACAAGUAAUGUCAGGUGGUAAAACAUUGAAAAAUACUGUCAUACUUCAGUUCACUUGUUCAGUUUCAAAUAAACAUUAAAAUGUUCUACCAGCAGUUUGGUUUUCAUAAUUGUUUAAAAUAUCUUACAAAAUCUUGCUUAGAAUAAAUAGUUGCAAACAAUCUAUUUUGAGAAAAGCAUAAAACAUAAUUUUGUGAAAUGCUAUAUGCUCCUUUGGAUUUGCUGGAAAAAAAUUUGACCCUCUCUUCUUCCUUUCCCUCCUUCCACAAAAGUCUUUUGAAAACCAAUGGAACAUUUAUAGUUAAGGAAGUCACAUUACUAUAUUUCUUGGUGUUAACUGUUAGCAGGCGUGUCUUUAAAUGACAAAUACACUAGGACAUAUUUGUUCCAUUGUGUGCUUGGAGCUUUGGGCAAGUAUAAUUUCAAUAAAUGUGCCCAUUUAUAGUUAACUAAAUCUGAAUGAGUAAAAUAAACCUCCCAUUAUUUCUGAAAAAUCUUGUGUUCAUCCUCAUCAUUGGUUGAUCUUACAAAAGCUGUUAUGGCUUUACUCUUAUUGAGGACACUUUUGGAACAUACUAGAAAAAUACCAUGAGCAUAAUUUAUUCUAUUUGAGGGGGGAAAUGGAACACUUAAAGCUAUAAAAACUGAAGAUUGACUUUGUCCAUGUCAAUUUUAAAAUAAGUUAAUCAUAAAAAUAAGAAAUAAAGGAUUUAGGAAGGGAACAUAAACUUAUCAUUUCAGCCAGUCAGGAUUAUUUUACAAAGAAAUGGGUGCCUGUCUCAGGCCCAGGAUUCAUGUAGUAGUGAUCAUGAUUGGUGGCAAUAGCAAUCUUGGGUCUAUAGUUCAAGCAAGUUAAAAGAAAAUAUUUACAUUAGUUUACCUGUGGAUUUGUGUAGGGACAUAGUGAAAUCCUCCAUGUCUAACAGUAGUAUCAAUAGAACAACUUUGACAUCCAUAUCUUGUUUAGUGGCUUUCAGUAACAAAAACUAAUGCCUUCAUAUCUUUUACAGAUUUGUGAACCCAAAGAUUUGAAUUAAUAAAAUGUUUAAUUGAAAAUC